UUGUUUUAGAAGGCUCAAUCGCGUGCCCUCAUCUCCCUCAACACUCUUCCUCUUCUCUACGUGCCCCAGCCGCCGCCCAUAGUUUCCUCACCGCCGGCCGCCCUUUGCUUUUCUUUUUUUCCGUUCAUCUACAGCUGCCGGCCGCCCAAGAACCGUCGCGUCUCCGUUAGCUUGAACCGCCGCGUCCCGAGCCGCUCGCCGUCCCGUCAAGUCGCAGCCUCCGCGUCGCGCCGUUCGAAUCUGAACCAAACGGUCCGUUCCUGCUCCGUUUUGACUCCAUCCGCGAAGCGCCAGCCGGCGCCGCUGAGUUUCGCGCCAAUCUGUCCUUCAUCGAACUACCUCCUCUGUCAUUCCAAGCCGCGCGCGACUCCUCUUCCAGCCGUGAGUGCAAGCCGACGUCUACCUCCAAGCCAGCCGCUCAGAUCUGUUUUGCACGCCGUUAUUCAACUCAAUUCGUACGCGGCUGUCCUUUUUAUCGCCGUGGCUUGCAGUGGGUUUUGGUGGUACCGUUUGAAGUUAGCGAGCUAAUUCUUGAAUUUUCAAAGCUCAAUUUCUCAGAAGCUUACGGGAGAUGAAGGAGAAUGUGUCAAUCCAUUUUGGUUAGGAUGAACAUGAGAGAAAGCAAGCCAGCCCGACGAACAAGGAUGAACUUGUAAUAAGCUUCAAACUUUACAAGGAUGAACUUUACUUUACCUUAGCCCUAACCUUUUUCUCUUGGUUUUCUGGGAAAUUCCAGUCGAUGUCUUCCGAGUGAAAAACAUGAACGUCAUCAUUCGCCACUCCUCGGCGUCGAGAAUUUUCCCGGCGAAAAUUGAUCGGAACUGCAUUUUCUCGACGACCCAUCUUCCGUUCUGCACUUACAAUCCAACCUGUACGGCUCCCAUAUCGAACGAUUUCGACCCACUAAUCAUCUCAGACCUUAUUUCCAGGCAACAAUGGUCAAUCCUCAAAUCCCAUGUCAAAUUCAAAAGUCCCAUCGAUUUUCUUCACCAAUUGAUGGGUUCGGGAGACGUUGACCCAUUGCUUGUUCUCAGGUACUUCAAUUGGUCCCGGAGAGAGCUUAAUGUUAAUUACAGCAUUGAACUCAUCUGCAGGCUCUUAAAUUUAUUGGCCAAUGCUAAACAUUACCCCAAAAUUCGAUCAAUUCUCGAUUCUUUUGUAAAGGGUGAAACAAACUGCUCGAUUUCUUUGAUUUUUCACUCGCUUUCGGUGUGUAGUGGUCAAUUUUGUGCUAAUUCGAUAAUUGCUGAUAUGUUGGUGUUAGCCUAUGUGGAAAAUUCGAAAACAGUUUUGGGAUUGGAGGCGUUUAAGAGAGCUGGUGAUUAUAGGUAUAAGUUAUCUGUGUUAUCUUGCAACCCAUUGUUGAGUGCCUUGGUGAAGGAGAAUGAAUUUGGGGGUGUGGAAUUUGUGUAUAAAGAGAUGAUUAGAAGGAAAAUUAGUCCUAAUUUGAUUACAUUUAAUACUGUGAUUAAUGGGUUAUGUAAGGUUGGGAAAUUGAAUAAAGCUGGAGAUGUUGUUGAUGAUAUGAAAGUAUGGGGAUUCUGGCCCAAUGUGGUUACCUAUAACACUCUCAUUGAUGGAUACUGUAAAAUGGGUAGGGUUGGGAAGAUGUAUAAAGCUGAUGCUAUUUUGAAGGAAAUGGUGGAAAAUAAAGUCAGCCCAAAUAGUGUAACAUUUAACGUAUUGAUUGAUGGGUUUUGUAAAGAUGAAAACUUAUCUGCUGCUUUGAAGGUGUUUGAGGAAAUGCAGAGUCAGGGUCUGAAGCCUACUGUAGUAACAUACAAUUCGUUAGUAAAUGGUUUGUGUAAUGAAGGAAAACUGAAUGAGGCUAAAGUUCUUCUUGAUGAAAUGUUGAGUUCAAACUUGAAGCCUAAUGUUAUUACUUAUAAUGCUCUGAUUAAUGGGUAUUGUAAGAAGAAGUUGUUGGAGGAAGCUAGGGAGUUGUUUGAUAAUAUUGGAAAACAAGGGCUGACUCCCAAUGUUAUAACAUUCAAUACAUUACUUCAUGGAUAUUGCAAGUUUGGGAAGAUGGAAGAGGCAUUUUUGCUCCAGAAGGUAAUGUUAGAGAAGGGGUUUCUCCCAAAUGCCUCAACCUACAAUUGCCUUAUUGUUGGUUUUUGUCGGGAGGGAAAAAUGGAGGAAGUCAAGAAUCUUUUAAAUGAAAUGCAAUGUAGAGGUGUGAAAGCUGAUACAGUGACGUAUAAUAUUUUGAUAAGUGCAUGGUGUGAGAAAAAGGAGCCAAAAAAGGCAGCACGACUUAUUGAUGAGAUGCUCGACAAGGGAUUAAAACCAAGUCAUUUGACAUAUAACAUUUUGUUGAAUGGCUAUUGCAUGGAAGGAAACUUAAGGGCUGCUUUGAAUCUGAGGAAGCAAAUGGAGAAAGAAGGAAGAUGGGCAAAUGUGGUAACGUAUAAUGUGUUGAUUCAAGGUUAUUGUAGAAAGGGGAAAUUGGAAGAUGCAAAUGGACUUCUUAAUGAGAUGCUGGAGAAGGGGUUAAUACCGAAUCGAACUACUUAUGAGAUAAUUAAAGAGGAAAUGAUGGAGAAAGGAUUUCUUCCUGAUAUAGAAGGUCAUCUUUAUCACGCCUCCCAGUAGAAGUUAAUGCAACUGUACCGGUGGAAUAAAAUUGUACAUACACUUUAAGUCGUUGAUCUGGCCAACAUGAUCAAAGGUAGAGGACAUUUCAAGGUAACUAAUAUAUCCAAGGACCUUACUUGACCUUACUUGAACAUGACCGAUUCUAAAAAUUAGCUACCCAGGAGUGGAACAAACACCAUCUUUAGCAUUUGAGAGCUUAGCUUAUGAUGUGAUGUGAUGUUCCAUGUCUUUAAAUCAUAUAGAUGGUAUAUAAUUCACUCAAUCAGGUUAAUUUAGUAGUCAAUUGUUGUACUGAUGCUGAUAUACCUUCUCCAUUGUUUAAUGUAGCAUCAUAACAUGCAGUUGCUUUAUUACUUAGACGUUUUAUGUGCUCAA